AUGAUCCAUCCCCUCCUGCCCCUCUGCUGCUCCUACCUUGUAUGUGCUUUACUCCUUCCCGCCGUUUCCCUGCACGGUGUGCGACGUGCGGGCCGAAUGUGGACCCGGUACGUACAGUGCACCGCAGUUGCACAAAGCGUCCGCACGGUGACGACGUCAGUGAAGCAACGACGCCUCCACGUGGGGAAGCUGUCACCUUCCUGUUGCGACAUCGCCGUUGAACACGUCCCUAUCUGCCAUAUCUGGCAUAUCCCGCAUAUCUGUCACAUUCUUCACCAUCGCAUCUUGCAAAUCCGCCACAUCUACCACAUCCACCACGUCCACCAUAUCCGUCACUAUUGCAGCAAUCCCCCAAACUUGUAUCAAGAGCCCAAAACACCCCUCAUCAUGAGCGUCAAUAGCGUCAUUUCGGCGCUGCCCGCCUACAAAACGCUCUCCGCCUUCGUCUACUCCGGCACCACCGACCCCAAAGCCCUCGAUGACACCGUCCAGGAGUUCAAGGACCUCGCCAAGAAGGCCGAGUCUGAGAUCGAGGACUUUCUCUGGGACACGUACAACGCCAUCUUUGCCGUCGCCAGCCAGACCCCUGCCGAAAAGCAGGGCCCCCUCCUCGACUUUCUGCAACGCCUGCGCGAGACCACCGUCACCGCGUCGGAUGGCCAGCCGCUCAAGCUGAGCAACCAGGUCGUGUGGAAGGAUCUUCCCACCUUUGGAUGGGUAGCCCGUGACGUGUGGAAUUUCGAUGCUCUCGACUCAUCCGCAUCCAAGGAGGACAAAGCCAGCUGGGAUAACCUGACCGCCUUCGUCGCCCAGCUGACUGCCCACGCCGACCUCGCCGAUCCCCAGGACCCCUUCGACUUCUCUCUCUACGGCCUCUGGGCCCUGCGCACGGCCUUCGAGGAGAAUCACCCCGCCGACGCCGACGUCCCCGCUGCCGUGAAGCAGGCCUACCUGUGGAUCAAGUACUCGGGCGACGCUCUGCAGAAGCUGAGCGCCAAACCCCGCAACUUCGAGGGCAAGUCGGGCCAGGCUGGCGCCAAGUUUGGCGACCGCGAGUGGAAGGGUCUGAACGAAGAGAGAUGGGCCGCCUGGACAGAGGCGUUUGCAUCAGCGCAGGCUUCGUUGACGGAUGACGAGGUGAAAGGCCUUGCUGGAAAGGCUGCCGAAAGCAUGAAGAGCAAAUGA